UCACCAGUCAGUCUCCAUUGACUACAGGAAGUUCUCGCCGGCGUCUUUCACUUUUCAUCUUCUCCGAUUGUCCCGUCGCCUGAUCGGUCCUAGAGCGAGAGACCAAAAAUCUGCAGAUAUGAGCGGCCACGAUUCCAAGUACUUCUCUACAACUAAGAAGGGCGAGAUCCCCGAGCUCAAAGAAGAACUCAAUUCACAGUACAAGGAUAAGAGAAAAGAUGCUGUUAAAAAGGUUAUUGCUGCCAUGACUGUUGGCAAGGAUGUUUCUUCACUUUUCACGGAUGUUGUGAACUGCAUGCAAACUGAAAAUCUGGAGCUUAAGAAGCUUGUAUAUUUGUAUCUCAUAAACUAUGCAAAAAGCCAACCUGAUCUUGCGAUACUUGCUGUAAACACUUUUGUCAAGGACUCACAGGAUCCAAAUCCUUUAAUCCGUGCAUUGGCUGUGCGCACCAUGGGAUGCAUUCGUGUGGAUAAGAUCACAGAGUAUUUGUGUGAUCCUCUCCAGAGAUGCCUUAAGGAUGACGAUCCUUAUGUUCGCAAGACAGCUGCUGUUUGUGUUGCUAAACUCUAUGACAUAAACGCUGAGCUUGUUGAAGAUAGGGGGUUUCUGGACGGUCUCAAAGAUUUGAUUUCCGACAACAAUCCCAUGGUUGUGGCAAAUGCUGUGGCUGCACUCGCAGAGAUCCAAGAAAGUAGCAUAAAACCCAUUUUUGAGAUCACUAGCCACACACUGGCAAAGCUGCUUACUGCUAUGAAUGAAUGUACUGAGUGGGGACAAGUGUUCAUACUAGAUGCGCUUUCCAAGUACAAGGCAGUGGAUGCCCGUGAAGCAGAAAAUAUUGUGGAGCGUGUUACACCUCGUCUGCAGCAUGCUAAUUGUGCAGUUGUGCUGUCAGCUGUUAAGAUGAUUCUCAUACAAAUGGAACUUAUUACCAGCACUGAUGUGGUCCGGAAUCUCUGCAAGAAAAUGGCUCCUCCCCUUGUGACUCUACUAUCUGCAGAAUCUGAGAUUCAGUAUGUUGCACUGCGAAACAUCAACCUCAUUGUGCAAAGACGGCCAACAAUUCUCGCACAUGAGAUCAAGGUAUUCUUUUGCAAGUACAACGAUCCAAUUUAUGUGAAGUUGGAAAAGUUAGAGAUCAUGAUUAAGCUGGCUUCUGAUCGCAAUAUUGAUCAGGUCCUCUUAGAGUUUAAAGAGUAUGCUACAGAAGUAGAUGUAGACUUUGUAAGGAAAGCUGUGCGAGCUAUUGGACGUUGUGCCAUCAAGUUAGAGAGAGCAGCUGAGCGUUGCAUUAGUGUUUUGCUUGAGCUGAUCAAGAUAAAAGUAAACUAUGUCGUUCAAGAAGCUAUUAUAGUCAUCAAAGACAUUUUUAGAAGAUAUCCUAACACCUAUGAAUCUAUCAUUGCUACGUUGUGUGAGAGCCUAGAUACUCUAGAUGAGCCUGAGGCUAAGGCUUCAAUGAUUUGGAUAAUUGGUGAAUAUGCAGAAAGAAUUGACAAUGCUGAUGAGCUUCUUGAGAGCUUUUUAGAGAGUUUCCCUGAAGAGCCUGCACAAGUACAACUGCAGUUGCUGACCGCAACAGUCAAGCUUUUUCUCAAGAAGCCAACUGAAGGCCCACAGCAGAUGAUUCAGGCUGUGUUGAACAAUGCCACAGUAGAGACUGACAAUCCAGAUUUGCGGGACCGUGCUUAUAUAUAUUGGCGCCUACUUUCAACUGACCCGGAGGCUGCCAAGGAUGUUGUGCUGACUGAGAAGCCUGUGAUCUCUGAUGACUCAAACCAACUUGAUUCUUCUCUUCUUGAUGAAUUGCUUUCAAAUAUUGGCACUCUUUCUUCAGUAUUUCACAAAACACCAGAAGCAUUUGUAACUCGUGUGAAGACUGUCCAGAAUACUGAGGAUGAUGAUUCUGUAGAAGGUACUGAAACAGGGUACUCCGAGUCACCUUCUCAUGGUGUUGAUAGUGGCGCAUCAAGCAAUGCCCAAUAUGGUUCAACAAAAUCACCCGCACCUGCUCCAGUGCCAGACUUACUUGGUGAUUUGAUAGGACUGGACAAUAAUAGCAACAAUGCUAAUGCUAUUGUUUCUGUUGAUCAGCCCACUGAACCUUCCGGACCCCCAUUGCCUGUUUUAUUACCUGCAUCUACGGGACAAGGUUUACAGAUAAGUGCACAACUUGUGCGGAGAGAUGGAGAAAUAUUUUAUAGCAUGCUGUUCGAGAACAAUUCACAGAAUAUCCUUGAUGGAUUUAUGAUUCAAUUCAACAAGAACACAUUUGGUCUUGCUGCUGGAGGUCCACUCCAGAUUCCCCAAUUGUUACCUGGAUCAUCGUCAAAGACCCUUCUACCCAUGGUCGCAUUCCAAAAUAUAGCUCCAGGUCCUCCAAACACCGUUCUACAAGUUGCUGUAAAAAAUAACCAACAACCUGUCUGGUACUUCAGUGAUAAAAUAUCUCCGUUGGUGUUCUUCACUGAGGACGGAAGGAUGGAGCGUUCUUCUUUUCUUGAGAUAUGGAAAUCACUCCCGGAUACCAAUGAAGUCUCGAAGGACUUGGUAGGCUCGAUUAUGAACAGCGUGGAUCUAACUGUGGAUCGGUUUGGAGCAGCAAACGUUUUCUUCAUUGCAAAACGUAAGAAUGCAAAUCAGGACGUGUUGUAUCUGUCUGCUAAGAUCCCUCGAGGGACACCUUUCUUGAUUGAGCUGACAGCCGCAAUUGGAAUCCCUGGAAUCAAGUGUGCAAUCAAAAGUCCAAGUCCAGAAAUGGCUCCUCUUUUAUUCGAAGCCAUUGAAGCUCUCCUCAAGGUCUGAUUAUUCUAAUAUCUACAUAUUUAGGAUAAUCUUCGGGAUUUUCAUUUAUAAAUAGUAGUUAAAAGUAUACGGUUGAGUUGAAUUUUGUCGGUUUUGGUGUAUGUAAUUGUAAUGUAUCUUAUAUAACUCUAUCCUUCUUCACCUACACACAUAAAAUGAUUUAACGAUUUGCUUGGGACAUGCGUUUUUAGGAGAUUUUUAAUGUCUUGAGAUGUGGGUUUUAUGUCUACAA